AUGAACCAGGAGGAGUCUGUGGCGCGGGGCUGCGCACUACAGGCGGCCAUGCUUUCGCCUCUCUACAAGGUCCGGGACUUCGAGGUCCGGGACGUGUCGCCCUUUCCGGUGACGGUCGGCUGGCUUGGCUCCCCAGAGGAAGGCGACGAGAACGCGGAGGAGAUGAAGAAGGCCACCAUUUUCCCGGCAGGAUCGCAGAUGAACACGGUGAAGAUGCUGACCUUCCGGCGGAAGGGCCCCUUCGAGCUCACCGCGGAGUUCGCGGAGGAGGCGCCGCUGCUGCCGAUGACCUGCAGAGAGCUGGGGAAGUACAAGGUGGAGCUGCCCGAACAGCCGGAGGACAAGAAGGUUAAGGUGAAGGCUCGCUUGCAGCUGCAUGGCAGCUUCACCAUCGACUCGGCCCAGAUGUUGGAGGAGGAGGAGUACGAAGAGACCGUCCGAGAGAAGCGAGAGAUUCCGACGGAUGUGGACAUGGAGGGAAGUGAAGAGAAGGAGGAGAAGGAGGAGAAGGAGGAGAAAGAGGAGAAGGAUGGCAAGGAGAAGGACGAGAAGGAAGAGAAGGAGGAGAAGGAGGAGAAGGAGGAGAAGAAGGAGGAGAAACAGGAGGAGAAAGAGAAGGAGGAGGAAGGAGAGAAACAGGAGAUGACAGAGGACCAGAAAGAGGAGAAGGAGAAAGAGAAGGAGAAGGAAAAGGAGAAGGAGGAUAAGCCGAAUGCGAAAUCCCGAAAACGAAAGGAGCCCAACUUUGAGUGGGUGGACGUGGUGAAGAAGCGGACGAAGCGCACGAAGCGGACGGACCUGGCCGUGUCGGUGGUGGGCAAGCCGGGGCUCUCGGCCGCGGAGCUGCAGAAGCGCCAAGACGAGGAGACGGCAAUGCAGGCGGAGAUGAAGGAGGUCAUCGAGACGGACGAGAAGAAGAACGAUCUCGAGGGCUACAUCUUCACGGCCCGCAACAAGGUCUGCGAUGAGUGGGGGCCCUAUAUCACCCCGGCCGAGAAGGAGAACUUCGAGAAGGAGCUCCAGAAGGCUGAGGAUUGGCUCUACGACCACUUCGACGGCACCAAGGUUCAAUACAUCGACAAGCUGGAUGAGCUCAAAAGCCUGGGUGACCCAGUGCAGUGGAGAUACAAAGAGGCAUCCAUGCGUGAUGAGUGGAUCAAGGCCGUCCAGGGCACCAUCGCCAACUACCGCAAGGCCGCCGAGCAGCCGGGAGAGAAGUACGGGCACAUCGCGCCGGAGAAGCUGGGGAAGAUUUUGACGGCCUGCCAGGCUCUGGAAACGUGGCUGCUGGAUCGGAAGGCGAAGCAGGAGGCCUUGCCCAAGCACCAGAAGCCGGUUUUGAUUUGCGGCGACAUGGACAGCAAGAACCAGGAGCUGGCCAAGAUGGCGGACGCCAUUUUGAAGGAGCCGAAGCCGAGGGAAAAGAAGGAGAACAUCGAGAUUGAUGAAGAGAAGGCGGAAGAUCCUGAGGAGAAAGAAGAGAACGGGGACAAGGAGGAGAAAGAGGAGGAGGAGAAGAAGGACGAGAAGGAGGAGAAAGAGGAGAAGAAGGAGGAAAACCCGGACAAUCCCAGAGAUAUGGACUUAGACUGA